AUUUCUCUUAAUUGUAUAUUCUCUGUAUCCCUUAUUUCGACUCUAUGGAGUCGACUCUCCCCUCUCUACCCUAAAACACACUCACCCACUUCCCCUGUAUAAACCUCUCUCUCUCUCUCUCUCUCUCUCUCUCUCUCUCUCCUUCUUCUUCUUCUCUCUCUCUCUCCUGCCAUGAAAAUCGCAGUUCAUGGAAACAUAAUAAUAAACUCCUCUGAAAUCUCCCAUCUUUAUGACUUUUGCUUCCUGAGUUUUCAAUUUCUUGUCCGAACGCUCUGAAACUUUUUUGAGACACCUCUCCCCAAUAAUAAACGAUAAAAAGAGACUAUUAACACACACACACACGAAUCCAUGGCGGAGAAUCUCGCUUGUGGAGAAACCAGCGAUUCAUGGAUCAUUGACGACGACGAUGAAAUCAACUGUGGCGGCGGGUUUAUGAACGAGUCCGAUUAUAGCCAUGAUCUUUUUACCAAAGACGAUAACUUUCACGGCAACGGAUCAAUUCCGGCGAUGGGUUCUCCUCCAUCGUCGCUGAGAGAAGACAGAAUCGGAGAGAUGCUGGAGAGGGAGGCCGAGUUUUCCCCCGGAGCUGAUUACCUCAAGAGGUUGCGUUCUGGGGAUUUGGAGUUUCGUGUCAGGAACCAAGCUCUGGAUUGGAUUCUAAAGGUUUGUGCUCACUACAAUUUUGGACCUCUGUGCAUAUGUCUAUCCAUGAACUACUUGGAUCGGUUCUUAACUUCCUAUCAAUUGCCAAAAGACAAGGCUUGGGCUGUUCAGUUGCUAGCUGUCUCUUGCUUAUCAUUAGCAGCCAAAAUGGAAGAAUCAGAUGUUCCUCAAACUGUUGAUUUACAGGUGGGAGAUCCCAAGUUUGUUUUUGAGGCCAAAACGAUUAAAAGGAUGGAACUUUUGGUACUCAACACAUUGAAUUGGAGGUUGCAAGCUCUAACUCCAUUCUCCUUCAUUGAUUAUUUCAUUUACAAGAUCAACGGUCACGUGUCAGAGAAUUCGAUCUACAGAUCGUCACAGUUCAUCUUGAACACCACUAAAGCAAUUGAAUUCUUAGAGUUGAGGCCUUCUGAGAUAGCUGCAGCAGCGGCAGUGUCUGUUUCCGUUUCAGGAGAAAUUAAGUGCAUUGAUGACGAAAAGGCAUUGUCUCAUCUCACAAAUGUUAAUCAGCGUUGGGAUCAUUGUCCUUUUUCUUUAGCAGGAGAGAGUGAAGAGAUGUUUGAGUCUGAUGAGAAGCCUCGCGGAGGAGAAUGUGCCGGGAAGUGGACUAUCGCCGCAGCAGCAGCCGCGGUUAGCGGCAAGAGCUGUACCGGAGAGUCCAGUGGGAGUGUUGGAAGCAACAUGUUUGAGCUAUAA